GCUCUUCUCCUCAGUUUGCUGCCGAAGCUGCCAGGGUGCAGCCGAAAGCCACGAUGGCCUCGUACACUGCUUACAGUGGCUACAGUAAACCCCCACAGUCUUAUGCGGGCUCUUACUAUGACGAGAAACAGGCCAAGGCCUACACAGAUUAUCAAGACUCUGUGUACGAGGAGAAACAGAGGCGCGACAAGAAGGACCGCAGUGACGCCAUUUGUUGCGAGGUGGUGGCGCUGGUCAUCGGAUUCAUUGGACUGAUCGGAGUGGCGGCCGUGACGGGCCUGCCGAUGUGGAAGGUGACGGCCUUCAUCGAGGAGAACAUCAUUGUCAUGGAGACCCGCUGGGAGGGACUAUGGAUGAACUGCUACAGACAGGCCAACAUCCGAAUGCAAUGCAAGGUGUACGACUCCCUACUGUUUCUGCCCCCCGACCUCCAGGCCGCUCGAGGCCUGAUGUGCAGCUCCGUGGCCCUCGCCGCCAUCGCCCUCAUCGUUUCAGCAGUGGGGAUGAAGUGUACCAAAGUGGUGGACCACCGGGCUCGCACCAAGCACAUCGUUCUCGUGGCCGGAGGCUGCCUGUUCCUCAUGGCCUGUGUCACUACCCUGAUCCCUGUGUCCUGGACCGGCCACGUCAUCAUCAGGGAUUUCUACAACCCGCUGCUGAUCGACGCGCAGCGCCGGGAGCUCGGGGAGGCUCUGUACAUCGGCUGGGUGACCUCGGCUGUGCUUUUCACUGCCGGGGUGAUCCUGCUGUGCCGCCACGCUCCCCGCACCCAGGAAUCCGAUGAGAGGAUUGCGUACAACCCCGGGGACAGUAUGUACCAACCUUCUUACCUGUACCAGCCAUACACCUACCAGCCGGCCUACACCUACCAGCCGGCCUACUCCGCACCACCGCCAGGAUCUGUAGCAUACACACCAAGUCAGUACUAGAGGAAUCAAACACAGAGACUAUUUUGAUUUAUUGCAAUUGAGAAUAAACUGACAAACUGGAGGAGAGGCUGUCCCUGGAAAUGGCCGGAUCUUUCAUUCCUUUCUCAAAAAGGGCCGCGUGUGAUUUGAUCAUGAUGAACUGUGUUGAAUUUUUGCAUUCUUUGUUUCCAUGUGAUUGAUUUUCACUAAAUUAUAUCAGUUAAUGAGGCGCAACAUUUUUAUUUAAAAAAUCUGUAACAAUAUAAUCUGUUGUGUCAUCUUUACAGCCUCUGCUGACAUGCUCUUUGAGAACAAACUAUGCACUAAGCCUUUUUCAGAUACAAUACCUCCAAAUGAGUUUUUGUUGUGAAUGUACAUACUUGUUGGCCGAAAAAUAUAUGGUCAACUGUGGUUUACAAUAAAGGGAUAAUGUUCAGAAAACUGA